GCGGCGGCACAGGAAUUGGUAAAAUGAUUGCAAAAGCAUUUGUUAAAAAUGAAGCCAGAGUUUAUAUCGCAUCAAGAAAUAAAAAACAUCUUGAGCAAACUGCCAAAGAAUUAACAAAAAUGGGCCCUGGUGUAUGCUAUAGCAUCGAAACGAAUUUAAUUUCUAAAGAAGCAUGCGAAAAGCUAGCUUCAGAAAUUGAAAAAUUAGAAAAUGGAAAACUUGAUAUUCUUGUAAAUAAUGCUGGUAUAGUGGGUUAUAAGGCUACUUUGACAGAUUUUCCUGAAGAAGCAUGGGAUAAUAUGUAUAACUUACAUGUUAAGAGUGUAUUUUACUUGACAAUUGCCUGUUUACCACUGCUUGAAAAAGCUAGCAAUAAACCCAUUGAUCCAUCAAGAGUGAUCAUAACUGGAAGCAUUAAUGGCAUUGGCCAUGGUGAUCUAAAGGUUGCACAAAAACGUGGAUCAUGUACUCUACCUUAUUCUUCUUCAAAACAUGCUGUACAUGGUGUUGCAAAGAAUUUAGCAAUUCAUCUUGCUUCACGAGGAGUAAAUGUUAAUAUUCUUGCACCUGGUGUCAUUCCUGUAAAGGAUAUAUAUUAUGAAUUAAUUGACACAAUCAUCUCUGACAUUCCUCAAGGUCGUGUUGGAAAUGAAGCUGAUAUGGCUGGUGCAGCAAUAUACUUAUCUUCACGUGCUAGUAGUUGGGUAACUGGUACAGAAAUUAUAGUUGAUG